AUGGCAGCCACUGCUUUCAAACGCGCCAAGCCCUUCUUCGCAUGUAUCGUGGGCCUCAUCGCUGCGGUUAUAUCCUUUCGCCGUGGUCUAGGAGCUCAAAGUGAACAAUUCACUCCCGUCAUCGGAAAGAACAAUACCGUUCUCUUCAUCACCAACAUUGAACACGGUCUUUCGAAUGUCCACGUCGCAACUGUCUACUCUCUUCUCGAACGCCACCCAGAUAUCACUAUUCACUUCGCGUCAUGGUCCAAAAUCAAGCCCAAGAUCGACAGGAUAACUACCUACGCACGCAGAAAGACACCGCAAGCCCGUUCUGUUGUAUUCCAUGACCUACCAGGCCCGAACUUCCAGGAGGCGUCUGGGCGGAAUUCCUCAUUGAGCUGGAUGCAGCCGCCCGGGAUCGCAGGGUUGACGGGUCUGAAUGAAGAUAUGGCGCAAUUCAUCUCGCCAUGGUCUGGGGAAGAUCAUCUCCUGAUAUACGAGAGCAUAAGGGAUCAUAUCAGAAAUCUUGAUCCUGCGAUCGUGGUACUUGACAUGUUUCACCGACCAGGGAUGGAUGCAACACGGGGAGACGGGCGCCUGCACGCAAUUUUAUCACCGAACGUCCUAGCUGACUGCUUCGCCGGGGAUCAGCCAUGGCUGAAGGGAUUUUGGAAGUUCCCAGCGGUUGGCUCCGGUCACGAGUUCCCUGUUCCUUGGCGAGAUAUCCCUACGAACAUUUACCAGAUGGGAAGUUUCGCAUGGACAAUGACGUUUAAUGCAGAGCUCAACGAGAAACGUAAAUUUCUUGCCAGUCAUGGACUAAAAGACCCAAUCAACUUCUUUAAUAUCCAUCAGCCUGGAAAAGGCGCAUUCAUUACCCAACACACCCCGACGGCGGCCAUUCCUCUCGAUUUCCUUCCCGCCAAUAUCACUACUACAGGGCCCAUUGUCAUCUCGGGUACCUCGGCAGAAGAGCAAGAUCCCGAACUGGCCGCCUGGUUGGCUAAGGCACCGACCGUGCUCGUCAAUCUAGGUAGUUUGUUCGAAUACGACAUAGGGAGAGCUCAAGAUAUGGCUGGUGCAUUGAAGGUCGUCAUGGAGCGUACGGAUGUUCAGGUUCUGUGGAAGCUCAAUAGAGCCGCCAGUCUCAAGGACGAGGACUGGAAACCUCUGGUCGACGUGUUUAUCAGAAACGAUCGACUCAGGGUCUCAAAGUGGUUGACGGUUGACCCGACUGCAUUGCUGGAGACGGGGAACAUUGUUGCCUCUGUCCAUCACGGUGGUGCGAACUGUUAUCACGAAGCUAUUAGUACCGGAGUACCGCAGCUCAUCCUUCCUGCCUGGUUAGAUCUCUAUAACUACGCUGCACGUGUGGAAGCGAUCAACAUUGGAGUUUGGGGCAACAGGAAAUCUGCUCCUGCUUUCUCGCUCAGCGAACUCAGCAGCGCAUUUCUGAAACUGGUUGACGGCGGCUCUGCCAGCUUAACGAUGAGCCAAAACGCAAAGAAGAUACAGAGAACUAUAAGUCGCCCAGGACGUGAUGUUGCAGCUGAUGAGAUUGCACGGCUUGCAGCGUUAGGCCAUUAG